UACUAUAUAUAUGUUUUUUUAUUGUUUUUUUAUUGUUUUUUUAUCUGAACUUCACAUGCUCUGAGGGUUAUGUAAGUGGAUGACUCUUGCCUACCAUGAGAAUUCAUUCCUCGUCUAUUCAAUGUUCCAUUUAAUUCAAUUUAAUUCCAUUAAUUCCAUUAAUUUCGUCCAAUACCAAGUAGGAAGGCACUACGCUAACCUACUGCAAGUACAGUAUGCUUCUUUCCUAUUGAUCAUCAUCUUCAUACAAUCAUUUUAUCAUUCACCAUUUAACAUCUACCACCCCUCUUUUCUUCCUUUUCCACCUUUUUCUCUUUUCUUCAACAUUGAACCCAACACCUGUCCCAAAAGUCAUCCACCAUCAUUGGACUCUCGUCAACCAACAUUAACCGAUUAUAUUCAGUAGACUUUGGCGCAAUUGCUGAAUGUGUCUCCAUAUUACGAGGCAAACGCGGCUACGAUGACACGGUUCCGGCAAGCGUCAAAGGAAAGAAUCCAAUCAUCCCAUAUUUUAUUUUAUAGGUCUUUGCAGCCUCGCACAUACUGGAGCUUAUCCAGGCCUCAUUGACCCGGGUUCUUCUAACCUUUCCUAUAUUGCUCUAGUAAUAUAGAGUCCUGGGUUUAUCUGUACCUCACUUUGGCCUUUCAAUCUACAUCUCAACUCCAAACCAUGGAGAGUGAGGAGUACAUCUUCCGGCAAUGUCAAUUUGAGGGAUGCGACGCCACCAUCUUGAUCCGAGGACCCUAUUGUGCACAACACACAAAUGGCCAAAGCUCCAUACCCACAAAAAAUAUGGCAUCUUCCGCCGUGCCAAAUCAACGCCAGCCUAGUAAUAAUGUCCAGCCUCUGCCGAAGCAGAAUCCAGCACAGCCUAACGGCCAAUCUCCCACCAUAGCCCCACAAGAGGACAAGUUUUGUGAAGCUAUCACUGUCAAAACAUCACUCCUCCCACAAGGACAUGCGAGCGAGAAAAAGCAACUUUCUGACAAGAGAGUCGCAAGGAAGACUACUAGCACUACAUACUCUAAGUCAAAGCAGAGCCCUAGUUCAAUACACGGUCCCGAUAUCAAGGCUUCUUCGGAUCGCGCCCCUGUCAAGGAUGCGCUAUCCGUGGGCCAACGACCAGUAAAGAGACUGCGUUUAUUUAAUGAUGAGUUCAAAUCAGAACGGGUAGUUCAUCAAGCCUCAUUUACGGAAAGUAGCUCGCAUAUGUCUUCCAGAUUCCAGUCAGUUGAUGCUGAAAGGCGCGACAUUGGAUUCAUCGAGCCUUCUGAUUUCGCCCUUCGACCAAACAAGGGAGGAUCGAUUCCACUGGAGACAUCCUUUGGACUCGGGAAACAUGACAUAAAAGCUCAUGUUUCGAAAUUCAAGCCUAAUCAUCCACCUCGCAACUCCAAGCCCCAUAAUACCGGAACUCGAACAGUGAUAGACCUCACAGGAGAUGACGACUUGCCACAGCCACAGGUGCGGUCAUCUAAUAAUAUCCACGUAGAUCAAAAUAUCAACACAAUCAAUAAUAUUGGAAAUUCCCCCAAAGAUUCUCAAAUUACGAACCAUGAAGUGGAUUCUGGAUUUCAAUCUAAAGGGAAGUCUAUAGAUGUGCACGUGUCUACGAAUUUAGGUGGAAGUAAAGACAAAGAAUACCCCGAAGGUUCUAAUCGGAACGAACAAGAUCGUGCUAGUAAGAGUAGCUCGAGUCCGAUACCUCGUUUUAUCCCAAAGACCCAUGAUAUAAACAUAGCUCCUCGCUCCGAGCCGGCUGUAUUGUCACCGGGCUCAAGAUUUGCGCAGUUCGACCCGGGUUUUCUCGAACGGAGUUCACGGGCCGCUUUCCAAGCAUCCUUGCCUAAACCAGACAACGGGAAUGCCGUUUCAAACAACGUUCCGUCUGCAAUUGCCUCUCCCAGGUCAACCGUACCAUCGGAGACCCAUAACAAUAAUGAUAUUGACGAACCUACGGGACCGUUUUCGGAAUCAAGCAUAGAGACGGAUAGAUGCGUCCGUGUAACCAUCGAGGCAAAAUCUAUACUUGGCAGGCAUAGUACUAAUGGUGUCUCACAAGAGACUCGAGCGAAUGACUUGAAUGUCUUCCCACAAUCCGGUUUCCAGCGAACAGCCACUCCAACCAGCCAGUCUCAAACUAUAAGAACCUCUAGUAUCUCAAAAACGCCGAGCGUACCUGCACCUCAGGCAAUUGAUCCUUCAGCUUCCACGCCAUUUUCUCGAGCCGCAGAAAAGGCACCGGAGGCCAAUACGCGUACAUCCCAAGGUACCGCAAGUGUCAAUGGGGUAGAAAAGACAACCAAUGGUGUAUCAACAGUUGCGUCUAUGGUACGAGGUAGAAGUUGGAAACAUUUAAGUCCGGAAGAAAGACGUCAGAUUUGGGUUGCUAAGCAUGACCCUGAAAAAUUCGACUCCUACAUCUACGGUAAGCUCAAUGAGCCGAAUCAGCCAGGUUCCGCUUUGUUUGGUCUCCCAGAGUGGCAACAACCACCCCGAAAGACUCGUCCCGCAACACACUUUGCGUAUAUGGACCCACGGGUUCAGUGGACGCAACCUCGUCCUAAGAAAUGGUAUCAAAAUAAACAAGAGGAUAUACGCAGGCGAGGCACAAGAAAAUCCAAUUUUGGUAAAGCUGCUGCGCGUGUAGCACAACGCAAAUUAGAAGAGGAAGAUGGUUACCCUCCUAAGGUCGAAUUACCUGAGCGAGUCAAAAAUAACCCCGCUUGGUUGGCUGCCUUGGAUGAACUCGACGAAAUGGCGCAGAAAUAUGAUGCUUUGCAGCGACAGCGGUGGCGUCGAAGUAGGAAUACCCGCAUAUGGGAGGCCCUGUGGAAAGGGAAAGACAACACGCCAAAUAUAGUCGACGAUGAUGAUAAGAUGGAUCUAGACUCGCCUGAAGCUAUCUAAGUAGUCCAUUUGAAAAUAUAUCCAGCAGAGGGAGAACUUAUGAAGAAAGGGAUUUCCUAUAAAUACUAACUAUAAAUAUGGACUGGCCUGGUCCAUGACGGGACAACGGGUCCAUGAAUUGGGAGGAGGGGAUACAUAUAUUGCAUGGCGUGAGGCGUCUUUAACGCUGGCACACACAUCGACUUACAUAUUAGCCUAGCCUAGGUUGCUGAAAAGCGCCUUGAAUGGAUUGUGGCAGCUUCAAUUAUAAUAGUCCAUAUUAAAGAAAUGAGUCUAUCUAUAUAGAAACUUACUUACAAGC